AUGCCUGGAGAUAACCCCCCGUCUGGUGCUCAAGGCGUGAAAUCCAAGAAGAACAAGAAGAAGAGCGCAAAGGCCAAGGAGAAUGCCCAGCAGGCCGACUCCGAAAAAACAGAAACCCCGGAGAACCACGAUGGCCCCGUUGAGGACGACGCCGAGGACCCCAGCGACCCCGUCGAGACCGCAGACACCAAUACUACCAAGCCAGAUACAGAUGAGAACCAUACAGCCGAACAACAUGCCGACAAGCCCGGCUCGGACGACGCCGAGUCCAAAGAUCGCUUCGAUGCCCUCGUUCGAGACCGCGACUCCCUCCGAGCCGAAGUGACCGACAUGCGCAAAUCCUUGGAGGAAAUACAAUCAAAACACCGCGCCGACAUGGAAGCCUUGCAGCAGAAAUUGGACGAUGCGGAAUCUAAGAAGGAACAGGCUGAAACGCAGUUCCAGAAGCUCAUGGAGCGGGUGAAUGCAAUCAAGUCGCAACUAGGCGAGCGCCUUAAGGAGGACGAGGAGGAACUAGCUCAAGCGCGAUCCCAGAUUGAAGAACUGGAGGAUGAGAACGCCACACUAAAGUCGCAGCUGGAAUCCAAGUCUACAGAACUAGCAGAACUGUCCGAAGAAUCGGCACAAAAGACCAAGGAGAUUUCCACCCUCCGAGAUCGAACGAACUUGUCUCAGCAAAACUGGAUUCAAGAGAAAGAGGAGCUAAUGGAGCAGAAUGGAUACCUCCAGUCCGAGUUCGAACAGGCCAAGGACGCGAUGCAUAAUUGGGAGGUGCUGGCCAUGGAGGAGCGAUCCGUCCGUGAGAACCUAGCGGAGAAAGUGGGCGAUCUCGAGGAACAGCUUGCCAACCUGCGGGAUGCCUAUGAACGGGCAUCUGGCGAACGCGAUAGUCAACAAUCCACGGUGGAUGGUCUCCAGCGGGCGCUGCAGGAAAUUCAAUUAGCACGGAAACAGGAGCUUCGUGAACUAGUCGAGACCUCCGAUGCUCAGCUCGAAGAUUUGCGGAAGUCCUUGCGAGAAGCACAGGAGCAAGCGAAGAGCGCUGAUAAGAACCUCCUUACGGCUCAGGAGGAACUGGAGCGAGUGCGGCCAUUCGAGAAGGAGGUUAAAGAGAAGAACCUCCUCAUUGGCAAACUACGACAUGAAGCGGUUACGUUGAAUGACCAUUUAACGAAGGCACUGCGGUUCUUGAAGAAGGGCAAGCCAGAAGAUAACGUCGACCGGCAAAUUGUAACAAACCAUUUCCUGCAUUUCCUUGCACUCGACCGGUCAGAUCCCAAGAAAUUCCAAAUUCUCCAGCUCAUUGCAGCUCUGUUGGGUUGGGACGACGAGCAACGCGAGCAAGCAGGUCUGGCUCGACCAGGAACCUCGAGUAUCCCGGGCAAGCUUCGAGUCCCUGGUACACCUUUACGCACACCUAGCACGCCGAACCUUACCGAGUUCAUGGACAACGGAGCAUCCAGCAAGGAAACACUAGCCGAGCUGUGGUCCAAUUUCCUUGAGCAAGAAGCAGAGGCUGGAGACAGGAACACGAUUAGACGCGGAAGUCAUCCGGGACCAGCGAAAUCAUAG